ACACAGCUCACGGAGUAUAACACUGAUUUGUUAACGCGGUCCCUUUCAGCUAAGAUAUCAAUGAAGUCACGGCAGUCACGUGACCGGUCCAACAGCUGGAUGGGAUCUAGCUGCUACUACGGUAGUAUUGCAAGAAAAGAAGACACAGUAGUAGCUUUGUCAACUCGGUUCCUUCGAGCUGAAGGACCUGUGACGUCACAAGACUGCUGUGACCACACAGGUCUUAGUGUUACAGAAUAUCACUGACCACGAACAAGAUGAAGAAGAAGCUGCCUGAGCGGAUCCUGAAUCACAUCCUGGAGAUUCUCUACCUGCUGACGGGAGAGCGUGUGACUAACUCAUUGACAGCGAGUCGCAUGACUGGGGACAAGACGACAACAGAGAGGAUACUGACCCACACCCUGCAGAUCAUGUACCUGCUGACAGGAGAGGUGCCUAUAAAGUGUGGUGAUGUUGCUGUGUAUUUCUCUAUGGAGGAGUGGGAGUAUAUAGAGGGACACAAGGAGCUUUACAAAGAUGCCAUGAUGGAGAAUCACCAAGUACUAAGGACUAUGGAGAUCCCAGGAAACAAGAGCUCAGAACUAACAGGUCACAGUGAUAAACCUCUAGACACAGGAGCAUAUGCAGUACAGAAUAUUCAGCCAUCGGAUAUCUCUGUAGGUCUUUCAGCUGAACCAGUGGACACUUACUUCAGGAUGGCUACUAGAAGCAGAAGAAUGCCUAAGAAGUAUCUGGAUGGCGAGAAUUUGUGGACGGGCAGCGCAGUGCGAGAGGAGAAGAAGGUCAAGAAGAGAAAAAGGAACACUGUAGGAGUUAGAGGCAUGGAGUCACAGGGGACUGUCUUUCCUGAAAGGCUAGGGAGUGCUGUGCAGGCUGUCACAGAGGCUGGAAAGGAGGUUUCAUUUGGAAUCACGGCUGGGGAAGGGCGGAGGGAGCAGCCAACUAAGGAGCAACGAGAUCAAGGAACAGAGAGCCAGCAGGAGCAACCCGGUCCGAGCAAAGUGAGGCCUAGGGAGGAACUUUCAAUUCGUGGAGCGGGGGUACAUAAGAAAGGUGAAUUCACAAACUGCAAUAAUCCUCGUCAUAAUCAGAGUGCAGAUGCUUCUUUACAUCUUCUUCAAAAUCAAAGAAGCCACAUGGGAAAUGUAUGUUCUGAAUGUGGGAAAUGUUUUCUUAAGAAAGCACUUCUUUCUAAACAUCUAAAAAUUCAUACAGGAGAAAAGCCAUUUUCAUGUACUAUAUGUGGGAAAUGUUUUACUCAGAAAUCAAAUCUUAUUCGUCAUCAGAAAAUUCACACAGGGGAGAAAGGAUUUUCAUGUUCUGACUGUGGAAAAUGUUUUUCUGUGAAAUCAAAUCUUAUUAACCAUCAGAAAAUUCAUACAGGGGAAAAAGAAUUUUCAUGUUCUGACUGUGGAAAAUGUUUUACCCAGAAAUCAAAUCUUAUCACUCAUCAGAAAAUUCAUACAGGGGAGAAAGGAUUUUCAUGUUUUGAUUGUGGAAAAUGUUUUACUCAGAAAAGAACUCUUCUUAUUCAUCAGAAAAUUCAUACAGGAGAGAAAAGAUUUUCAUGUUCUAAAUGUGGGAAAUGUUUUCUUAAUAAAUCACAUCUUUUUAAUCAUCUAAAAAUUCAUACAGGAGAAAAGCCAUUUUCCUGUCCUAUAUGUGGGAAAUGUUUUACUCGGAAACCAAAUCUUUUUCGUCAUCAGGAAAUUCAUACAGGGGAGAAAGGAUUUUCAUGUUCUAAAUGUGGGAAAUGUUUUACUCAGAAAUCAAAUCUUAUCACUCAUCAGAAAAUUCAUACAGGGGGGAAAGGGUUUUCAUGUUUUGACUGUGGGAAAUGUUUUACUCGGAAAUGCAAUCUCAUUACACAUUUGAAAAUUCAUACAGGGGUGAAAGGAUUUUCAUGUUCUGACUGUGGGAAAUGUUUUACUCAGAAAACAACUCUUAUUAGGCAUCAGAAAAUUCACACAGGGGAGAAAGCAUUUUCAUGUUCUAAAUGUGGAAAAUGUUUUAUCCAGAAAAAUACUCUUAUUAGGCAUCAGAAAACUCAUUUUAAAAGAAAUCAGAGCUUAACAUCCAAAGUACAGAGAGUUACACAUAGUUGUAACCCACACACUAUGAAGGGCUGAUUACUGCAUGUGAUCCUCUGGGGUGCACAGUUUUAGGGCUGUUUUGAGGCCCCUUCUGCACCUCAAGCAUUUAUGAGGUGACCCCAGGUUGUAUUUUAUUUAAAUCAAAUUUUUUAACUCCUGAUUUAAAUUACUAGUCAGCAAGACUGAUUCAAAUCAUGGUUUUUAUUUUUAGAAUGUUUUAAGAUAAUUAUUUUUCCAGUUAUAUCAGACCAUUACUGAUUUUGUUAUAUAUCAUCAGAUAUGCAUAGAUAGAUCAUUGAAGUGAAUGAAAUUAUUUGGAGGUGAGCUAUCUCCAGUUCAAUUGCUUAAUAUUGGAUGGAGAAAAUGAUUACAUUAAUAAUAAUAGAAAUAUUUUUAACUAAAAAAUAACAUUAUUUCUUUCAUGUAAUUGGCAAGAGUCCAUGAGUUAGUGACGUAUGGGAUAUACAAUCCUACCAGGAGGGGCAAAGUUUCCCAAACCUCAAAAUGCCUAUAAAUACACCCCUCACCACACCCACAAUUCAGUUUUACAAAUUUUGCCUCCUAUGGAGGUGGUGAAGUAAGUUUGUGCUAAGAUUUCUACGUUGAUAUGCGCUUCCUUUUGCAGACUAUCAGUUUCAUAUUUGGGGAAAAAACAUUAUUUAGGAAAAUAUUUUUUCUUACCUGGGGUAUAGUCUUUUUUCAGUUGACUGCUUUUUCAUUAAAUUUUGCAGGCAAAAUUAGGCUCGCGAGGGCGCAAAAUGCCAAAGUUUAUUGCGUCAUUCUUGGCGCGAGAAUUUUUUUGGCGCAAAGGUAUGUCCGAUGACGCAAAUUCGUAAUUUCCAGUGUCUUUGUUGACGCCGAGUUCCUUGCACAAAGUUGCGUCUACUAUGACGUGAGUGUGUCGUUUCCGGAUGUUGUUAGCACCAAAAAAAAUUCAGUUUGCGUUGUGCGUCAUACUUGGCACAAAAUAAUUUCAUCUAGAUUGUAAAUUCCCACGGAAUAGGGCCCUCAGUUCCCCCUGUUUUUAUCUGUAACAUUUUGUGUCUUAUCGUAUUGUUUCUCCAUUGUACUGUUAUCCUUGUACCCAUGGGCAGUGCUGCAGAAUCUGUCGGCGCUUUAUAAAUAAAGAAUAAUAAUUAUUAUUAUUAUUUAAAACCCCAUUCCUAUAUGCCUAUUGCCUUUUUCUAUGUCAGAGGGCUAUGCUGUUUGCAUUUUUUUCCCAUUCUUGAAACUGCCAUAUAAGGAGAUUGAUAAUUUUGCUUUAUAUGUUGUUUUUUUCUCUUACGUUUGCAAGAUGUUUCAAUCUGAUCCUGUCUCAGAAACCACUGUUGGAACUCUGCUGCCUGAUAAGUUUGAUCAAAGCUUAGUGCAUCUGUUGUAAAUUUGUGGAGAUUAUAUCUCCAGCUGUGGUAUGUAAAAGUUGUCAUGAUAAGCUUUUACAUGCAGAGAAUGUGUCCAUCAGUAAUAGUACAAUGCCUGUUGUUCCUUCAACAUCUAAUGUACAUGAUAUACCUGUGAAUACGAAAGAUUUUAUUGCUGAUGCGAUUCAGAAGGCUUUGUCUGCCAUCCUGCCUUCUAAUAAACGUAAUAGGUCUUUUAAAACUUCUCAUAAAGUUGAUGAAAUUUUAAAUGACCGACAACAUACUGAAUUAUCCUCCUCUGAUAAGGAUCUAUCUGAUUCAGAAGAUCCUUCCUCAGAUAUUGACACUGACAAAUCUACUUAUUUAUUUAAAAUUGAGUAUAUCCAUUCCUUGUUAAAAGAGGUGUUGAUUACAUUGGAUAUUGAGGACACUUGUCCUCUUGAUAUUAAAACUAGUAAAUGUUUAAAUUCUGUUUAUAAACCUCCUGUGGUUACUCCAGAGAUUUUUCCAGUUCCUAAUGCUAUUUCUGAUAUGAUUUCUAUGGAAUGGAAUAGGCCUGGUACUUCUUUUAUUCCUUCUUCAAGGUUUAAAAAAUCGUAUCCUUUGCCAGCAGUUAGAUUGUAGUUUUGGCAAAAGAUCCCCAAAGUUGAUGGGGCUAUUUCUACUCUUGCUAAACGUACAACUAUUCCUAUGGAAGAUAGUACUUCUUUUAAAGACCCUUUAGAUAGGAAACUUGAAUCUUAUCUAAGGAAUGCUUAUUUAUAUUCUGGUGGUCUUCUCAGGCCUGCCAUUUCUAUGGCUGAUGUUGCAGCUGCAUCAACCUUUUAGUUGGAAAGUUUAGCGCAACAGGAAAUGGAUCCUGGUUUGUCUAGCAUUGUUUGCUUGCUUUAACAUACUAAUCAUUUUAUCUGUUAUGCCAUUUUUGAUAUAUUUAAAAUUGAUGUUAAAUCUAUGUAUUUAGCUAUUUUAGCUAGAAGAGCUUUGUGGCUCAAAUAUUGGAAUGCUGACAUGGUAUCUAAGUCUAGAUUACUAUCUCUUUCUUUCUAAGGUAAUAAGUUAUUUGGUUCUCAGUUGGAUUCGAUUAUUUCAACUGUCAUUGGGGGGAAGGGAGUUUUUUUUUUUUGCCUCAGGAUAAAAGACCUAAGGGUAAAUCUAAAGCUUCUAACAGUUUUCAUUCCUUUAAACAAAAUAAGGAACAGAAACCUAAUCCUUCCCCCAAAGAAUCUGGUUCCAAUUGGAAACCUUCUUCAAGUUGGAGUAAAUCCAAACCAUUUAAAAAACCGAAACCAGCCCCCAAGUCUGCAUGAAGGUGCAGUCCUCAUUCCAGCUCAGGGGCAGAUUAAGAUUCUUCCAAAAUAUUUGGGCAUAUUCUGUCCAAAAUCAAUGGAUUCAGAGUAUUAUCUCUCAAGGGUACGGAAUAGGAUUCAGAGUAAGACCUCCUGUGAGAAGAUUUUUUCUCUCACGCAUCCCAGGAAAUCCAGUAAAGGCUCAGGCUUUUCUGAAGUGUGUUUCAAAUCUGGAGCUUUCAGGGAUAAUCAUGCCAGUUCCGUUUCAGGAUUCAAAUCUAUUUAUUGUCCCAAAGAAAGAAAAUUCAUUUUUGAAUCAUUAUGUAAGAGUGCCAACUUUCAAAGUGGUGACUAUAAGGACUAUUCUGCCUUUUGAUCUGCAAGGGCAUUAUAUGUCCACGAUAGACUUACAGGAUGCAUAUUUUCAUAUUCCAAUUCAUCCAGACCACUAUCAGUUUCUGAGAUUCUCUUUUCUAGACAAGCAUUACCAAUUUGUCGCUCUUCCAUUUGGCCUAGCGACAGCUCCAAUAAUCUUUUCAAAAAUUUUCGGUGCCCUACUCUCUGUAAUCAGAGAAUGGGGUAUUGCAUUGUUUCCUUAUUUGGACGAUAUCUUGAUACUUGCUCAGUCUUUACAUUCUGCAGAAUCUCACACAAAUCAGCUAGUGUUGUUUAUUCACAGACAUGGUUGGAGGAUCAAUUUACCAAAAAGUUCUUUGAUUACUCAGACAAGGGUCACCUUUUUAGGUUUCCAGAUAGAUUCAGUGUCCAUGACUCUGUCUCUAACAGAUAAGAGACAAUUAAAAUUGGUUUCAGCUUGUCAGAACCUUCAGUAUCAAUCAUUCCCUUUAGUAGCUAUGUGCAUGGAAGUUGUAGGUCUCAUGACUGCAGCAUCGGACACAAUCCCCUUUGCUGGUUUUCAUAUGAGACUUCUCCAGCUUUGUAUGCUGAACCAAUGGUGCAUGGAUUAUACAAAGAUAUCACAAUUAAUAUCCUUAAAUCCCAAUGUUUGACUCUCUCUGACUUGGUGGUUAGAUCACCAUCAUAUAGUUCAAGAGGCUUUUGUUUGUCCAACCUGGACUGUGAUUACAACAGAUGCAAGUCUUUUAGGUUGGGGAGCUAUCUGGGGAUCUCUGACAGCACAAGGGUUUUUGGAAAUCUCAAGAGGCAAGGUUACCAAUCUAUAUUUUAGAACUCUGUGCUAUUUUCAGGGCUCUUCAGGUUUGGCUUCUGUUGAAGAGAGAACCGUUCAUUUGUUUUCAGACAGACAAUAUCACAACUGUGACAUAUGUCAAUCAUCAGGGUGGGACUCACAAUCCCCAAGCUAUGAAAGAAGUAUCUCGGAUACUUGCUUGUGCAGAAUUCAGCUCCUGUCUAAUUUCUGUUGUUCAUAUCCCAGGUAUAGACAUUUGGGAAGAGGAAUAUCUCAUCCGUCAGACUUUACAUCUGGGGGAGUGGUCGCUCCAUCCAGAUGUGUUUUCUCAGAUUGUUCAGAUGGGUCUUCUAGAAAUAGAUCUGAUGCCUUCCCAUCUAAACAAGAAACUACCCAGGUACCUGUUCAGGUCCAGGGAUCCUCAGGCGGAAGCGGUGGAUGUGUUAGCAGUUCCUUGGUGUUACCAACCUGCUUAUAUCUUCCCGACUCUGUUUCUUCUUCCAAGAGUGAUUUCCAAGAUCAUCAUGGAACAAUCGUUUGUGUUGCUGGUAGCUCCAGCAUGGCCUCACAGGUUUUGGUAUGCGGAUCUUGUUCAGAUGUCCAGUUCCCAACCUUGGCCACUUCCAUUCUGUCUCAAGGCCCGUUUUUCCAUCAGGAUCUCAAAUCAUUAAAUUUGAAGGUAUAGAAAUUGAACGCCUAGUGCUUAGUCAUAGAGGUUUCUCUGACUCAGUGAUUAAUACUAUGUUACAGGCUCGUAAAUCUGUUUCUAGGAAGAUUUGUUAUCGAGUUUGGAAGACUUAUAUUUCAUGGUGUUCUUCUUAUAAAUUCUCCUUGCAUUCUUUUAGAAUUCCUAGAAUUUUACAGUUUCUUCAGGAUGGUUUGGAUAAGGGUUUGUCUGCAAGUUCCUUGAAGGGACAAAUCUCUGCUCUUUCUGUUUUAUUUCACAGAAAGAUUGCUAAGCUUCUUGAUAUUCACGGUUUUGUACAGGCUUUGGUCCAUAUCAAGCCUGUCAUUAAAUCAAUAUCUCUUCCUUGGAGUCUUAAUUUGGUUUUGAAGGCUUUACAGGAUUCUCCGUUUGAGCUUAUGCAUUCUUUGGACAUUAAAUUACUUUCUUGGAAAGUGUUGUUCCUUUUGGCCAUCUCUUCUGCUAGAAGAGUUUGCGAAUUAUCUGCUCUUUCAUGUGAAUCUCCUUUUCUUAUUUUCCAUCAGGAUAAGGCAGUUUUGCGGACUUCAUUUACAUUUCUACCUAAGGUUGUGAAUUCUAACAACAUUAAUAGAGAAAUUGUUGUCCCUUCUUUGUGUCCUAAUCCUAAGAAUUCUUUGGAGAGAUCCUUACAUUCUUUGGAUGUGGUAAGAGCUUUGAAAUAUUAUGUUGAAGAUACUAAAGAGUUCAGGUAGACCUCUAGUCUAUUUGUUAUCUUUUCUGGUUCUAGGAAAGGUCAGAAGGCUUCUGCCAUUUUCUUUGGCAUCUUGGUUAAAGCUUUUGAUUCAUCAGGCUUAUUUGGAGUCGGGUCAGGCCCCCCCCUCAGAGAAUUACAGCUCAUUCUACUAGAUCAGUCUUUUAAGAAUGAAGCUUCAGUUGAUCAGAUUUGCAAAGCAGCAACUUGGUCUUCGUUGCAUACAUUUACUAAAUUCUAGCGUUUUGAUGUAUUUGCUUCCUUGGAAGCAGUUUUUUGGUAGAAAUGUUUUUCAGGCAGCUGUUUCAGUUUGAUUCCUCUGCUUAUGUUUAAUUUUUUCUUUUCAUUAUGAGAAAAAAAAAUAUAUUUUGGGUUGUGGAUUCAUUUUUUUCAGCGGAAAAUGGCUGUUAUUAUUUUAUGUCUCCCUCUCUAGUGACUCUGCUGUGGCGUUCCACAUCUUGAGUAUUACUAUCCCAUACGUCACUAGCUCAUGGACUCUUGCCAAUAUGAAAGAAAUUAAUUUAUCAGGUAAGUUCUUACAUAAAUUAUGUUUUUCUUUUUUUCAUUUUUAGUGAUUGCCCCUCCCUCCUCACACUUUGGUCCUUGUGCAGAUCUAUUCCACUCCAAACAAUAUUCUAUUCAUUGAGUGUUUUGAAACUUCGUAUGGGUUGAUUCUGUGAACAUAGAUUUGUAGGGGAGCAAUGUUAAUAAAGGAAAGUCAAGUCAAAAUUAAA